CGGGCUCUCUGGUCUUCCGUAAUGAUUCCAUUCUGUUGUUGUCGGGGCAGCGGUUCAGGUGCAUCAUCAUUUGGUAGAUGAUCCUGAUGAAGGUCCUGAGCUAAUUUAAAAACUUUAUUUUGACGUACAGGUUUUUCCAGCUGAUUACCCUUUACACAGAGAGAAACAGUUCUUCUCCCGCAGAUGACAACACUCUCUCUGCAAUCAUGCUUCCCCGGGUGGGUAAAGAGUUUAUGCUCCGAAUAAGUUUCAAUUGGCGGCCACUUUUCCAGGGACGGGCCCUGCUGCUCACAAACACCCUGAGUGGGGGAGUAUUAUUGGCAGUGGGCGAUAUUGUGCAGCAGACGCGGGAGAACUAUAGGAAACCAGACAGAGUUCGGGACUGGAGGAGGACAGGCCAAAUGUUUACGGUGGGAUGCUCCAUGGCUCCAAUGCUGCAAUACUGGUACAUCUGGCUGGACAAAGUGUUCGUGGGCAAAGCUCUGAAAACUAUUGGCAAGAAGGUUCUGGUGGACCAGCUGGUCGCCUCACCGGUUUUGGGGAUGUGGUAUUUUUUAGGUAUGGGUCUCUUGGAGGGACACACUUUAUCCGAAGGAUGGAAGGAGUUCAAAGACAAGUUCUUGGAGUUUUAUAAGGCGGACUGCUGUGUUUGGCCUCCCGCUCAGAUGAUCAACUUCUACUUCAUCUCGCCCAAAUUCCGCGUUUUGUACAUCAACUUUGUCACCAUCGGAUGGGACACCUACCUGUCAUACCUCAAGCACAGAGACGACAGCCACCCCACUGAGCAGGAAUCAGACAGCAGUGCUGUGGAUGGACAGCAGGAAGCGCUCCCACCGUCCACACUUCUGGAGGAAAAAGCUUAGAGACAGAGUUCCUGCUCACCUGUGAAGUCGUUCAUUUCUCUCAGUUCAAACAUUCUACCUUGUUAUGCGAGACCGUUAUAACAGAGUCCUCUUUCCUCCGACAAACUGUUCCUCUCUAAGUUUAGAGUGACCACAUGUUUCUGUCUGAACUCAGAGGACUUGAAGUGGACUUUAAGUGGAAGUGCUGGAACACUUUUCCCUUCAUGUUUACUGUUUUUAAUGUGUCUUUGUCCAGUUUGUCUGUUUAUUUGUUUAAAUGAUGUGCACUCCUGUAGGAACAUUCAGGGAGGAAAAUCUGUUUCACUGCCUGUCGCGCUAAUACCGCUGAUGGUUGUGUUUUAGUUUUUUAUCACAUUUUAGGCAAGAUUUCAACUGCUGCCAUUAACACAACCUGCAGCAAGGCACCUACAUGCAACUUCCAGUUAUUGGGAAGGUUGGAAGUGUGAAACUUACAUUGACCAUGUUUACAUGCACAUAAUAUUCCGGUUUUUGCCCUCAUUCCGAAAAAGACGAUGUUCCGACUAAGCUUUUUACAUGGCUAAUGAGAGUGAACAUUCCCGUUUACAUGUAGCCGUGCAAAACACAAUAAAAAAAGAAAAAAACAAAGUUUUCCCGCUAGUGGGGGACUUUUGGACUGUGCCAAAGAAGCCUCACUCUUUUAUUUCUUCAAAAGCUUCUUGAAAAGGUCGUUGUAGCGAUGUUUGCACAUAUCUGAAAAAGUUGAUAUCCAAGUCUUUGAUAAUGUUUCAAAGUAGUUGUUUCUCCUUUUUAUUGUGUCUAAAGCCUUGUAAACUGUUGGUUUGAGUACAGCAACCAUAGCAACGCACAGAGCUGACCGUAAACCGUAAACAGGCAAGAGGUCUCAAACUGCAGUAAAACACCCAGAUUGAGACACAUAUUCCAAACGCGCUGUAUACAUGUCCAAAGAAUUGCUCUAAAACCUGAUUGAUACCGGAAUAUAUCUUAAUUGGAAAAUGCUAUAUUUGUAAAAAAGGCCAUAUUCAGAAUUUUCAACCUGAAUAUGCAGUUUACAUGACCUUUUUCAAAUUCAGAAUGAUAGUGGAAUAUUUUUGUGCAUGUAAAUGUACUCGCUGUUGCGGCACUUAAAGAUUUAAACUCUGCGUCAGCCAACAGAAGGACAUUCAUUUUUAUUUCUGUGCGUUUUUUAUGUUUCUGGUCCAAAUGACAAGAAAUCAAUUAAAUAAUGACAAGAAUCA